AUGGCUAACAAGUGUUGUUUUGAGGCCCUUGACAAGUCCUUGAAAGAUAUUAUGGGUACUGCAGAAAAGCCUUGUGAGCAAAUAUUUGGAGGCAAAAUUGUUGUAUUUGGUGGUGAUUUCAGACAAAUUCUACUUGUUGUGUCUAGAGAUUCACAUUCAAACAAUGUUGCAAAGAUUGAGAGUUUUUCUAAAUGGAUUUUAGAUGGGGGAGAUGGGAAAAUUUUAGAACCAAAUGAUGGUUAUGCUGAAAUAACUAUUCCACCAGAAUUUCUAUUAAAGGAUUUUGUGGAUCCAAUUGAGAAAAUUGUAACAAGUACUUAUCCAAACCUACUUGAAAACUUCACAAAUCCAGAAUUCCUCCAAAGUCGAGCAAUCCUAGCUUCAACUAUAGAGAUCGUCGAUGAAAUUAACGAUUAUAUUACAAAUCUUCUUCCAGGUGAUGAGAAGGAGUUUCUAAGUAGUGAUAUUAUUGACAGAUCAGAAGCAAAUGAGAAUGAGGCUUUUGAGCAUUUGACUCCAGAAUUUUUAAGCUGUUUGAAAACGUCUAGUUUGCCUAAUCAUUGCUUAAAAUUGAAGAUUGGCAAAACCAUUAUGUUGAUAAGGAAUUUGGAUCAAUCAGAAGGACUUUGCAAUGGUACAAGAUUGACGGUAACAAGGCUAGAAAAUCAUGUGAUUGAGGCUAAGAUUAUUUCAGGAUACAAGGUGAAUUUCGGACUAUACUUUUUGUGA